CAGUUCAAAAUAAUUAAUAAAAUUAAAAGUUUGAACAAUCCAAAAGAAAAGUUACUUAUUCGAACAAAGAAAAAACCAAUAGAAAUACUUUGUGGAGACUGUUUCGAUAAUUAUGGUUUACACACAUAAAAUUAACAAUACAAAGGAAAAACUUUAUGAUAGUAUUUAUACAUACAAUAUCAUCUGUUAUAUACACACAUACAAAAUCGGUUGAAAAAUAACGUAUGCAACUUAAUAGUUCGCAACUAUUUUCCCUUCACAAAGAAAAAGUUGAACAAUACGUGGAUUAUUUACAUAAAAUAUUUGAUUAUGCGAAAGAAAAAUAAGGAAAACUGAUAAAAUAUCGAUAUUAUUCAAAGUAUCGAUGUGUAAAAAUCAUAAAAAAGAUACGUGUUUCGAAUCGAGUUGAUAUUUUUUUCGAUUUGUGCAAAUUUGAACGUCUUACACUAAAUAGUGGCAAUUUUCAGACGUCGCCUACAUAAUCCUAUUACCAAAAUAAAUAAAAUUGACAAAAUUAAGGAUAUAAAGAUUCAACGUAAAAGCGCCAAUUGCAUUGGCUCAAAAACAAAGAAUAAAAUAAAGUGUUCGAAACUAUCACCAGCUUCACAACUUUUUUUUAGAAUGAUGACGAAUAAACGUUUGCCUAAAAGAUCGAUCGUAGGCUCUAGGGUCUGUGCACCAGGCUGUGCACCCGGCCAAAAUAAGCUAUACUAUAGUGGUAUAAUACAAAAAGUUAAAACUCAAUCAGUGGGUAUUCGUGACAACAAUUGCAUCAUGUUAACUGCCGAUACAAAAUAUUUGGUCCGAUUUGACCUUGGACAGGAAAUGGUUGGUACCAACGAGUAUUUGGGGUCAGAACUAAUUGGCCCGGGUUUUCAAAGUGUAAUGAAUGUACACCUCUCACCGAGACAGCGUGUUUUUAUAACGUAUAAUGGUCGAGAAAGUGUUGCCGAAGUUUUGAGCCAUGAUUUUAUUAAAGACGAAGUAUGUGUUCGUAUUCCAGCAAACUGCUAUGAGCAACCCAUCGAGCUUAAAAAAAAAUUGGAAGAGGUACGCUUAUUGGAAUCCAGGCGUUCUGCUCGAUUGGCUGAUUCUGACACAGAUUUCGCGAAAUUGGCUGACAUGGCUAAUGACCGACGUCGUGCAUCGAAUUCUAUUGAUGUUCCCCUCACACUUUCACAAUAUGGAUCCCGUAAAAGGCGACCUUCAUUUUCUCAUGAUGGCGAUCUGUUCUUGAAUGGACUACGUGACGAUGAGCAGAUGAAUGAAUGUAAUGCUGCAUUAGUACUAAUGAGCUUAUCAGGAUCACCGCACUCACCACGUCCUUGGAUGCUUGGUUCGAGUCCUGCAAGCAACAGCAGUGGUUCUUGGACUUCAUGUAGCGAUGAUUUAAAUGAGGAAAAUAUUAAUACAUUACCUCAAAAUUAUGUCAAUGCCAAUGCAAUGGAAACUUAUCAAAACGUAAAGAAUAACGCAAGACCUAUACAGAACAGCUUAAAUAAUCACAGUAAAAUACAAACAAAUCGCCUGAGAACAGCUUCAUUGUCCACGUCUGAUGAGGGCAUUGUAAUGGAUUAUAACGAUGAAACGCCGCGAAAACGAAAGAUUAAUACCACUCUCUUUAAAUGCACAUGGAAGAAAUGUAGCAUAAUACAUAAAACUGUUGACGAAAUCGAAAAUCAUGUUCGUGAAGUACAUCUUGGGGUGCAGAAAUCACGAAAUAUUAACGUUAACGAUGACGACGAUGAUUUUGAUGAUAACUUAAGCGAUGAUGCAGUUCCAGACGAAGCUUUUUACUAUACAGAAAUUGAAGCUGAAAUUGAAGCUGAGGACUUCAAUGUAAAAUCUCCAAAUCCACCAUCUCCACCAACUUUAAGUCAUCGAGAUAUGGCCAGACCACCACACGAAGAUCCAGAAUAUCAAAGACGUUUGGUUGGAAAUAUGAGACAAGGUUUACUAACAAUGUCACAAUCGGUAAAACCUCCAUUGCCCAAUGCAGCUGGAGCCAUUAAUAUUCCAAAUUCACCUUUAGCUCAUCACAACUAUACAUGGGCUCAACAGAAUUCGCUGUCACCACAAAAGCAUGUACGCCUAUCACCUCGUCCAUCCACCUCGUAUGCUCCAUAUCCUUCGCCAACUUAUACAAGUGCAAUCGCAGCAGCUCAACACAAUGUGAAUAUUGCCUUGGGUUUACAAAAUAACUAUGGCACUACAAAUGGAUCAAGCAUUCGGGGAUCGGGAAGUAUUACUAUUAUCAAUAAUAGUAAUUCAUCGAUUCAUCACUCUCAAUCGUUGCACACUUCAAACCAUUUGCAACAGCCACAACAUUCGGAUAUUUUGAAUCUAUCGCACAGUGCACCAUCAACGUCAGCUUCGAUAGCUGCGAAUAUUCAUCGCUCACAGUUAUCGCCAAAUCGUCGACCACGAGGUGAAAAUAAGAAAUGUCGUAAGCAAUAUGGAAUGGAGAAAAAGGAGUUGUGGUGUACUCAGUGCAAAUGGAAGAAGGCUUGUAGUCGAUUUGGUGACUGAAAACGACCAAAAUCGUCACCGUCUAAUACGAGCGGAAGGGCGAUAAUCUAAAAUUAUUAUGACGAUUUAAUCUUCGUUUAAAAAUUUAUCAUAACCACUUAAAAAUAAGAUAAUACUCAAUAGAACAAACCGUAUUUUUGGUUUUUCCUUUAUGCCUGAUUUUUUUUAAUGUUGACUGUACCAAGUAUUUAUUGCUUCGAAGAACCAGUGCAAAUUUAUAGUUGACCGCCGUUGAAUUAAAAAAUGCACAAAAUUUCAGUUUUAAAUUAAUGUCUUAACUUCACAGCGCCAAGAUUUUGUUUAUCCAACCAUGAAUAUAUACAAAGUGCCCGUAUAACUCAUUUUAUUUAGUUUUGAGCACUAUAAUAGUCAUUACAAAUGACACUGCAAAUAAUAAUAAUGAUAAUGUAAAUAUUUGAAAUUCUUUUUAUGGCGUAUUUGCGCCAAGGGAAGAACAUCGCAAUAAGAAAUUUUAAUUAUUUACAUUAACAUGCAUAAUUUAUUUUAGCUUUUAUAAAUGAAAAAAAGAUAUAUUUUUUUUAAUAUUAUGUUAUUAUUUAUUAUUGAGUUAAUGGCACUAUUGACAAAAGUGUUUGGUUCUGGGGUUAUCCAGAUAACAAGGUCAGUUUGGAAGGAGGAAGACCAUGCAUAAUAAGAAAUUUCUGAUUAUGAAAAUCUGUAAACCUUUUUAGCAUGAAAAAUAAAGUAAACAAGUUUUUUCGUUAUAAUUUAAAACUCUCAAUUCUAUCUGAAAGGCUAAACAUUAGCUACCUAUCUAGUUGCGACUAAUAUGUUAUCAACUUCUAUUAUAUAUUUUCAAUUAAAUACUACCAGUAGAAUAUUUCCAUAUGCAUUUGGCUGAAUUUACUCGUUAUUGAAAUUUAAAUCAAAUGCAAAAUUUUCUUCAAAUAUUUUUUGGUUUUCUGUAAAAAUCUGUUCAACUGUUCCUUCAACGUUAUAUUGAUAUUUGAAUAUCUAUGUACAAUUACAUAAAAUAAAAUACUAUUAUUUAUUCAAAAUAUAACAUA